AUGGCUGAAGCUGAAGGGGGUGGUUAUGAUUUUGAUGUUUCAGCACGACCAAAGUCCACACCCCUGAGAAGUUUCAUAGGUGAAAGUCAGUUUCCCAAAGGACGAGGUGGAGUGUUGCAGAUGUUGUCUGAAACUAGACCAGGAAAUUCCACACAGGUUGUCAAUAUGUCACCGUUUAUACCUAAACUCCCUUUCUUUUCAGGUGAUGAACCAGUACCAAAAACAGAAUGUACUUUUGUGGAAUGGCGCUAUGAAGUUAAGUGUUUGAUUUCAGAACCGGAUAUUCAUGAACAUUAUUUGUUACAGGCUAUCAGACGGUCGGUACGAGGUACUGCUAGAAGAUUAUUAAUACCGCUUGGUGAGAAUGCGACAGUGACAGAUAUUUUAGAGAAGUUAGAUGCCAUGUUUGGGGAUGUAUCCACUCAUGGAAUGAUUAUGCAGGAAUUUUUCAAUGCCAUACAAAGGGUUGAUGAAAAUGUCACAUCCUUUGCAUGCAGGUUAGAAACAUUAUUACAAACUGCAAUUGAAAAUGGACAUAUGUCUCCACAAUCAAAAAAUGAUCUGUUACGACACAAAUUUUGGACUUCUCUGAAUAGUGAAACGUUGAAAGGUCAAACCAGGCACAAAUAUGACACUCUUUCUGAUUUUAAUUCUUUGUUUAGGGAAAUCCGCACUGUUGAGAAAGAGAUUUCACUAACAACAGAAGGGGCGGAUAUGGACAAUAUCGGGGUAGAGGCAGAGGCUCUGGACAGGAUCAGUCAAAAGAGUAACCUCUUCUGUUGUGGGCCAUACAGGGGCUGGUGA